UAUACACAAACGUACUGAUCUAUACUCUCUCCUUUUUUUUUGUUGUGAAAUGUAAAGGGCCGCCGGUAAAACCAUCCCUGAGAGGAGAGGAAAGAACAAAAACCAAACACACACACACACACACACGAACGAAAUUUAUAAGAGACGAUCAUCAACAUUAACGUCAAUACAUGGGGCGUCGUCUCUUCAGCUGUUUAGGCAAGGUUUCAUCUUCAUCGCGAGUUCAAGGCAAAAACAACGGAACAGUAGUCGAUUCAUCGGCGGCGACUUGUCCCGACGGACCUGUCUUGGUGGAAUUGUUUUCUUCUCAGGGAUGUGCGACGUCAUCCGAGGCGGAGCUUUUGUUGUCGAGGUUGGUGAGGGGUGAUUACCAGCUGGAUGCACCGGUGUUGGUGUUGUCUUAUCAUGUUGAUAAUAUGGGAGGGAAAGAUCCGUACGCUUCGAGUAAGUGGACGGUGAGACAAAAAGCUUACGUCCAGGCAUUGAAGAUCGAUGAUAUGUUUAUCCCUCGGGUUGUGGUUCAAGGUAGAGCUCAUUGUCCGGCUAAUGAAGAAGAUGCUUUGUUAUCUACCAUUGCUAGUGCUCCAAGGUUUCCUGCUCCAAAAUUCAAGGCUAAUUUCCAAAGGCCAACAUCAGAGACCUUGGAAGUAACCCUAACCGGAGUGUUACGGUACAAGGUAGACAACAAUGUUGACAACGUAAUGGUGGCUUUAUAUGAGAGCGGGUUGGUGAAUGAGUGCCUUAACGGAGAGAACAAGGGAAAGACCCUUUACAAUGAUUUCGUCGUUCGGAAACUCGAAAAGCUCCAUACCAUGGAAGACAUCUCUGCGAUGAAGACACUCUCCGUCACCGUCAGAUUCACUCUCUGGGAUGGUUUCAACAGCAACAAAUGUUCCAUUGUUGUCUUCGUUCAAAACAUUUCUCAGCAAAUCUUUGGUUCCCAAAACUUCCAAUUGCCUGAUGAUUUAUGAAAAAAAAAUGUGUUGAAAUUUUUUUUAAUGGUGAAAAAGUAUGUGUAUUUUUUUUGGAUAUGAAUUUGUUUAAAAAGGCAAAUUAUGUUCUCGUAUCAAAUCUUGUUGGAAUGAAUAUUC